GUGAACAGUCCCGGAUGGACAGACAAAACGAUUUCGUAACUAAUUUCGCUUUUUUCAUUAAUACGUGCAGACUGAUUCUGCAAAAAAAAAUCAUUUCGAAGAACAGAAACGUGACAACAGGGCAAUUGUCAAUAUGUGACAGUGACAUACCGAAAAAACAUCGAAUCCAAAUAUCCCUAGUUUGUUAUUGUGCUGUAGAAGAAGUGUCACUUUUUCGUAAAAAUAAAGGGAGGACUUGCCUGUGUGAUCGUGCACGAUGGGGGACGGUAACGAUGCGGAAAGGCAGCCCCUUCUAAAUAAAGAUAAAAGUGCGUACAACACCAACACCGUUGUUGUAGGGGAGCAGACGACAGUGUCUCCAAUCGGCCCAGAUGAGUUGCCUCCACCUUUCUACCAAAAUUCUGCCGGACCGGGUCUUCCUAUGGUCACGUGCAGAGUUUGUCAAGCUAUGAUCGAUAUAUCCGGAAAACGAGAUCAGCACGUUGUCAAAUGCUCGCAGUGCAAUGAAGCAACUCCGAUUCGAAAUGCACCGCCUGGGAAGAAAUACGUUCGAUGUCCAUGCAACUGUUUACUUAUAUGUAAAAGUUCAUCGCAGCGUAUUGCCUGUCCUAGGCCAAAUUGUAAACGAAUAAUUAAUCUUGCCCCUAGCCCUGUCACUCCGCCUGUUCCGUCGGUGCCCGGCAUGUGUAGAGUAACAUGCGGCCAUUGUCACGAUACCUUCUUGUUCAACACUCUAAAUAAUGCACUGGCACGUUGUCCCCAUUGUCGAAAGGUUUCCUCAGUGGGCCCAGAUUUUAAAAAAGGACGAGGUGUCGCAUACUUCAUAUUAGGACUGAUAAUGCUUUUAGCUGGCAUCGGUGUGACCGCCGGAACCUAUUGGUAUGCUAGAAUGCACAACGGCAUCUUUGUAGUCUACGUAGGCGCUUUUAUUAUUUCGUUGUUCUUAUUUGGACGCAGUAUAUAUUAUUUUUCGAUGAAAGUUAGCGUUAUCGACGGGCCAAUGUAAGAAUACUACCUACUGCACUUAUCUGAAGCGGGUAAAUCAAUUACGUUACGUAUAAUUGUGGUAGUACAAUACAUUAUUUAUCAACUGCUUAGAUUGAAUAACUCCUUUUCUAUGUAAAACGUAAGCUAAUCAAUUAAGUGAAAAUUUGAUUUCUUUUGAAUCUAUCAAUUGUCUCAUAUGCCUAUAUAUUGUAUACACAUCAGGAAUUGUAGAUUUGAUAUAAAUUUCUAUGCAAAAACUGAACCGAAUGAACCUUUUUAAUACAAUAAAAUUGAAAUUCACGCAAUGUUGAAACAUUCCCUUGUUUGUUGCCAUUUAUUAAUUUUUUCCUAGUAUUAGUUGUAAAUAUUUUAAUUUGGUUGUAAUUGUAAUAUAGUCGAUUUAUUUUUAAGAAAUAUAUCAAUUAAAUUUUGAAACUGUAUUAUAAGAAGAGGUUGCAG